AUGCCUGCAGAGCAUGCUAAGAAAAUCUGGAAGCCCAAACCUUGGAAGCAUUCUAAGCCAAUCACAAGGACACAACUCCAGCAGGUGCGUGAUGAGUUUUGGGAUACUGCUUCCCAUUAUGGUGGGCAGAAAGAGAUAUGGGACGCAUUUCAUGCUGCUGCUGAAACUGAUUUAACUCUCGCACAAGCAAUUGUGGACAGUGCUGGUGUGAUUAUUCAGAGGGAAGACUUGACAGUCUGCUAUGAUGAGAGAGAUGCAAAGUAUGAACUUCCCAAGUAUGUCUUGAGUGAGCCAACCAAUUUGAUUCAAGAUAAUUGAAAAUAGGGUAAAGAAUGCAAUGCUUCGUUUACUGAAUAUCUUGUAAAAUUUGUCUCAUUUUCCUUGUGCUUCUGAAAUGUUUUCCACUUUAAAUUUUUGGGGCCAUCAUUCGUGUAUAAUAUUCAAAAUCUAAGGCUAAUAUUGUGACAAACAAAAUGGGUAAAUAACUAUUUCUGCACAUUGGUGGGUUUUUUCAA